GGUGUCACUACAAUGGCUCAAGGACAUAAAUUUCAAGACUUGAAGGAGAUGGGGGAGGCGUUGGUGGAGUACAUCAACAGCAGCCAACCUGACCAACUGAAACAAGUGAUAGAUGAACACCAGACCCUUUUUGAUCAACACAUACAAACCAAAACAAUUGUGACGCAGAUAUUAAAAGAUGUGGCACAGAUUGAGGAGAGUGCGGGCCAGAGGCUGAUGGACAUGGAGGAGGAGAAGAAGGAAAGGGAGAAGGAGCUUGACAGUCUGGAGGAGCAGCUGAGACAGUGCAUAGCCAAGAGCCAGAUCACUGACUCAGAAUUACAGUUUCUGCAGAGAGAAUUGGAGAAUCUGAGAAACAGUGACCACGAGCUUGAGACUCUUCAGAACGAGGUGGAUGAAGACACCACAGAGAUCAUCCCUUCAGCAGUAUAUGUUGCUCAGGUGUUCUACCUGAUAACCAAGAUCAAGUGGGAGUAUGAUACAGAGCCCAACAUCUUGAAAGGAGUCCAUUAUGGUGCAGACUUGGCCACUCCCAUCAACAUUAACACCUCCAUGCAGUCUCGAUGUGACAUCAGCGACCAGUUGUGGGACUAUGUCAGUCCUAAAUGGUAGAUGAAGGGUGGUGGUGUCAGAAGUGUGGUGUCCACGAUUUCUGUCUGUUUGUCUGUCUUUUUAAUGUUUUCUUUUGUUCUAUACAUUUAUAUUGUUUAAUAAAUUAAAUAU